UUGGGGGUGGAACUUGACAUGCGCAGUGGACGUCUAGUUCAAGUGGCUGGAGUGAAGAGGCUGGUAUCUUGUGGCAUCACCACCACCAUAAUCUCAGGGAAAUCAACACCACAGUAGGGCCACCUCUUUUUCCUGAUCUGAACAUCUGGCUCUUUGGGGCGGCAACCAUCAAACAAGAUGGCCGCAACGCCGUUGUCCAACGGAGGAGGGCCCAUGUACAAGGAGAAAGACGACACCCUCAGGCCCGAUGAUUUAUCAGAGAUGCUGGCUGCUGGUACCAAAGAAGUCCAUGAAAAGGCAGAGAACACACAAUUCGUGAAGGACUUCCUGAGGGGUAGAAUCCGCAAAGAGCUCUUUAAGCUGGGCGCCGUAGCGCUCUACUACACCUACACAGCCAUGGAGGAGGAAAUCGAGAUAAACAAAGAGCACCCCCAUUUCGCCCCGCUGUAUUUCCCGGCCGAGCUGCACCGCCACGAGGCUCUGGCCCGCGACCUGGAAUACUUUUACGGCCCCCAAUGGAAGAGCGAGAUCAGCUGCUCCCCGGCCACACAACGCUACGUGGAGCGCAUCCACCGAGUGGGCCAGGAGGACCCGGCGCUCCUGGUGGCCCAUGCCUACACCCGCUACAUGGGCGACCUGUCCGGGGGCCAGGUGCUGAAGAAGGUGGCGCAGAGAGCCUUGAAGCUCCCUCCCACGGGAGAGGGCCUGGAGUUCUACCAGUUCGACGCCAUCGACAACGCCAAGGCCUUCAAGCAGCUUUACCGUAGCCGCAUGAACGAGCUGGAACUGGACGUGGAGACCAAGAAGAGCCUGGUGGACGAGGCUGUCAAGGCCUUCCAGUUCAACAUGGAGGUUUUUGAGGAGCUGGAGGAAAUCGGGAAAACCUUCCAAGAGGAAGUCUCCGAAGCAGGAAUGCCCGUUCAUGGAGAUACGGGAGGGGACAUCAGCAAAUGUCCCUACUACGCUGCCAAAAUGGCAGCAACAGGUGGGACGGCGUACGCGUGUCAACUGGCCAUGGCCAUCCUGCGGCACCCCACAGGGCAAGUCCUCAUCGCCGCGUGGUUCGCUGCUUUAGCCGGCGUGGCUGCCUGGUAUCUGAUGUGAGGAGGGAAAACACUGAAGGGCGGGACGCUGGAAGAAGGCCUCAGGCUCAAAGACCAAGUCAAGUCAAGUGUAUUGAAAGCUGCCUCGUGCAGCCAUCGGAAAUCUGCCUGGAUGUAAUUUUCCAAUGUGUUAACCUGAUUGACCCCUCACCCUGUCUUUUUUUUUCUACCUCCUUUGCACCAUCCGUCCGUCCUGUGAUGUCAUCACAUCAGGUUCUCUCACUUUCCCCUAACUUGACAGAUGAUCGAAGCACAGGUCUUGAUGAUGUUUAAUGAUAAUUACUUGGUCAAAACAUACUAUGCACAUGUUGCGGAUGAGCGUUCUUAAUGAAUGUUUUUGGCUAUACAGGGACUCGAUUUGACUCAGGAAAGAAGACGGUUUUACCAAUAGAGCGGUUUAUUCCUUACACAUAAUACUAUUUGAUAUUGCAGUGUGCU